AAGAUGCCGCAUUUCUUCUUCUGCGCUGAGCCAAACUCUGCGAGGUGCUCGGCAGACACGCCAGGCGUGUGCCCGCUGCUUGAUGGCGAACACGGGUGGGUCCGUCCUGCGCAGUGCGUGUGCCGGCUUCUGUGCGAGCAGCGCUGUGAAGCUGCCCCGUGCGCGGUGCGUGGAUGCGAGCGCCGCCGGCCGUGCAGUGGCUUCUCCGUGCGGGGGCGCGAGCCGCGGGGCUGUGGAGCUGCCCCCGUGCGCAGAGCGGCGGCGGGCGGGCGGCGGGCGGCGCGGGGCGGCGCGGCGCGAGUGCGGGGCUGUGCGCUGCGCGCCGGGCCCGGCAGGGGCGGUGGCAGCGGCGCGGCGCCGCCUCCCUGGCGGCGUAUUUAGAGCGGCGCCGCAGCGCCGGGGCGGGCGGAGCCGGGCCCGCCGCGCCGGCCGCCGCGCGAUGCUGCCCUGGAAGCGGCGGCGGCUGGAGCUGGAGCGCGAGCGCGAGCGCGAGCGCGGCGCGGCCAAGGCGAAGGCGCAGGCGAAGGCGCCGGGCAAGGGCGCGGGCGCGGGCGCGGGCUUGGGCAAGGGCGCGCUGAGCCUGCGGUCGCCGGCGCGGCGGCUGCGGGCGCUGGCGCGGGCGCGCGUGGGCGGCAUGUUCCGGCGGCGGCGGGGCUCGCUGCGCGUGACGGCCGAGGACCCCGCGUGCUCCGCGCUGUACCUGGGCCACGCGGCCACGCUGCAGGCGCGCGGCGACGGCUGCACCGACCUGCCCGUGGCCAAGAUCUGGAGCCGCAGCCAGGCGGGCCGGCAGGGCAGCCGCAUGCGGCUCAGCGUGGGCGCGCAGGGGCUGCGCCUGGCGCCCGCCGACGGCCCCGCGCCCCUGCCCGCGCCGCCGCCGCGCCCGGGCCACCUCUACCUGCUGCACCGCGUCACGCACUGCGCCGCCGACCCGCGCCUGCCCCGCGUGCUGGCCUGGGUCUACCGCCACGAGCUGCGCCACAAGGCCGUGGGGCUGCGCUGCCACGCCGCGCUGCUCUCCAAGCCCGAGAAGGCGCGCGCCAUGGCGCGGCUCCUGCACCAGACGGCGGCGGCGGCGCUGGCCGAGUUCCGCCGCCUCAAGCAGCGCGACGACGCCCGGCACCAGGGCCCCCCGCGCGCCGGGCCCGCGCGCCCCGCGCCCCUGCGCCGCCUGCUCCUCCACCCGCCCGCGCCCUACAAGCCGCCCGCAGACCGCGGCCGCAGCGCGCCCCGCCUCGGCCGCAUCGCCGAGGACCUGCCCGGCGAGGAGCGCGAGGAGCAGGACGCGCUCAGCCGCCGCCUCCGCCGCCUCCGCCUCGACCGCGACCGCCACGGCCCCGGCCCCGACCCCGACCCCGACCCCGACCCCGACGGACACGCCGACCCCGACCCCGACCCCGACACCGGCUGACACCCGCCGCCCACACACGGACUGAGCCCACGCUGCGCCCCCCUCCGGCCGGCGCCGGCCGCCACGGACACGCGCGCUGCGCCGCGCCGCGCCGCGCACACA